AUGGCUGAAAAUGUAGAUCGACACCGCAAUUCCGUAAUGAAUUUGGAAUACACUUUCAGUCAGCGUCUCGGGAAAAAAUGGCAAAUAUUUCGUCCUCACGAAGACACUCGCGUCACCUGGUGGCUGGGGGACAAUCCAUUUAGCCACCUACCGACAGCCUGCGUUAGCAAGGUACUCGAAGGGGUACCUCCCGAUGAACAAUCUAUUGAAUGUGGUAUGGCGACCGUAGAUUUUGAAAGACAGAGAACUCCACCGGCCAGCACUUCUAAAGAACCUGUUCUUCUGUUAGCCGACGACGUGAAAAUGCCUGCAAUUAUAGACCCAUCACCAAAGAAGCAACAGCUGAAUCCACCAGUAAGUCACUCUCCGAAGCAGAAAAAAAAUCGAAAAUGAGAGCGAAAAUCGUUUACGACCUGGAUGACAUCAAACCAUCCAAAGAUCUCGCUGUUGUACCAAAAAAGGACGAUCCAUCUCUCACAAAGUCGAUGGAAUCUCCGUCACCACCUUCAAAAAGAAUGAAAAUAGUUUUUGAUCUGGAAGACAGUGUCAUCAAACCGAGCCGAUCGUCACAACCUCAGAGGAAAACCUUAAGAGGCGCUAAGUGUAA